AUGGCGUCGACUGGAUCUGCCCCUAUUGAACACGCUCGGGAACCGUGUCCUGAUCGGAUUCUAGACGAUGUCGGAGGUGCGUUUUGCAUGGGCGCCAUCGGUGGUAGCAUCUGGCACUUUGUAAAGGGCAUGCGCAACUCCCCAAGGGGCCAGCGACUCCUGGGCAGCAUCGACGCCGUAAAGCUUCGCGCACCGACGCUCGGAGGCAGUUUUGCCGUCUGGGGCGGUCUUUUUUCCACUUUUGACUGUGCUAUUGGCGGUCUACGCGGAGUCGAAGACCCGUAUAACGCCAUCGCAAGCGGAGCGAUCACCGGGGGUGUGCUCUCUGCGCGGAGCGGCCUCCGAGCGUCGGCACGCUCGGCGCUGAUCGGUGGCGUCUUGCUAGCGAUCAUCGAAGGGCUCGGAAUUAUGUUGACCAGAAUGACUGCGGAGAUGGGCCCAACUCCGGAAGAGGUCGAGCGGAUGCGGCGAGAGUUCGCGGAACAGCAGCAUCGGCAGCGACUGGAAGGCGGUGCCGGUACCCGUACCGCCGACGGCUUUGCGGCUCCCGCUGAUGAGCGUCUGGGCAUGGGCGCGAAUGACGUCGUUUUGACAGAAAAUUCUGGCGUUCGGGUCGGAGGCAGUGCGGACCCAAGCAGUCACAGUGGCCAGAACGAGCCUGAACGCCGCGGCGGUGGCUUUCUGCGUUCCCUUUUUGGUAGCUAG